AUGGCCGCAACCCCCGCCUCCCGCCUCCUCCUCCUGCACCAAGUGCCCUCCCACCCCAACACCAAAGUGCGCUUCCUCGGCUGCAUAACAACCCACGACCCCACCUCCCCCCUGCUAACACUAACGCACCCCCCCUCGCGCCUCGCCAUCCACGUCGACAUCAGCCUCGUCGCGGCCACGCUGGCACUGGGGUCGCUGCGCGACGGCGAGUGGGUCAAUGUUGUCGGAUACACGUCUGCGGCGCCGGCGGCGGGCGAGGAGAUGGUGGUGACGGCGAUUGUGCUGUGGGGCGCGGGGGCGGUGGGGGUGGGGGAGUAUGCGAGGGUUGUGGGCGGGUUGGUUGGGGGUGGGGGGUGUAGGGGGGAGGGGGAGGGGGAGAAAAGGGGGAGGGAGGGGAGGGAGGGGAGGGAAUUGGGGUUAUUGGGGGUAAUCGGGGUCUUUGGGUAA